UCAUUUUUUUCCGUGCUGUCUUCGAAUCUACGAGUUUACAGCCCAGUUUUGCGAAAAUGAUUGCUAACGCUACCGUACCGCGAUUGGCCAGCGUCGCCGCCCAGGCCUUGCAGCGCAGGACGUACUUCUCCGUCACGAGCACUCUGCCCCAGGUUCGCGUAUCCCUCGCGGAAAAAGCCGCCCAUGGCCUGGCCAUCUUCGGCGGUGUUAUUGCCUACCCGAUCUGGGUCAUUGCUCACGUUCGUGAGUACAAGGGAGGCAACUAAACGCAUAGCGAUGGAACGUUCUAGUGAUACACCGUAAACAUGGCCGGUUCGCAAGAAUAUGUCCCAGCCCUACCGAUUUACUGUGCGUCCCUUGUGAUGCAAAUCAACAUGUAAAAUUUGGUCUCAGUAUAAAUAAAAGCAUGGAAUCUUG